CCCUACUUUCACCCCUAUUGUGGAGAAGCUGGGGCUCACACACGCACACGCACACACACACGCUGCCAGCCCUUCUGGAGUUCGAGUUGGGAGGUCAAGCUUUUUUGAAGAAAUACUUCCCUUCUACUCAUGGAUAUAUUUUAUUCUCUUCAGGGAAUUCGAAGAAGGGCAAUGGUUUGCGUCGCCAGGCAUUUCGGAGUGUCAUCCGUGAGGGAAAGGCCACACUUACUCCACAGCACAAAGUUGUGAAAAAAAGUAGUUCUCCUCUUCUCCUCGCUCACACUCGGUGCUUGUCCGCUUUGAGGAGCCCCGACCAUCAUGGCGAGGCGGACCAGGCACAGCACUUGGGCUUUGACGCCGAAACGACGCGCUCCUUUGCGGGCUGCGCUGCUCCGUCUUCGCGGGAGCUUGUCGGCUCGUUUGUGGAGCUUCGCUUUUAUGUGCUCGACUCUUUCUUGGGGAUAUUGUCGAGCCGACACGGAGUUUUCUAUUUUGGAAGAAACACAAGUUCUCUCCGAACAGAUAAAGAAGCUGUCCACUCAAGAGCUCGGAGUCUUUACUAUGCAGAGGAUUUUCAACUCGUUUGUGUACACCGAGAAGACAUCAAACGGAGAGACAGAAGUCCAGCAGCUGGCCAAGAAGAUUCGGGAGAAGUUUAACCGCUACCUUGAUGUGGUGAACAGGAACAAACAGGUGGUGGAGGCCUCGUACACUGCCCACCUCACCUCUCCUCUCACUGCAAUACAGGACUGCUGCUCCAUCCCAACAUCUAUGAUGGAGUUUGAUGGAAAUUUCAACACCAAUGUGUCCAAAACCAUCUGCUGUGACAGACUCUCACCGACCGUCAACAGCCGAGCUUUCAACCCCGGAAGAGACCUCAACUCAGUUUUGGCAGACAAUCUGAAAUCCAACCCAGGGAUCAAGUGGCAGUACUUCAGCUCAGAGGAGGGCAUCUUCACUGUGUUCCCGGCCCACAAGUUCCACUGCAAAGGAAGUUAUGAACACCGCAGCAGGCCUGUUUAUGUUUCUGCAGUGCGUCCCCAGUCGAAACAUAUUGUUGUAAUGGUGGAUCACGGCGCGUCUGUUACUGAAACACAACUUCAAAUUGCCAGAGACUCAGCACUGGUUAUCCUUUAUGCAAUUGAUGAACAUGACAAGAUCGCCGUUUUGUCAGUGGCAGAGACGGUCCGCUCCUGCUCUCUCGACCAGUGCUACAAGAGUCUGCUUUCUCCGGCCACUAGCGAGACAAAGAGGAAGAUGAGCAACUUCAUCUCCAACAUCAAGGCCACUGAUGGCACCACGCAACACGCAGCAGGCUUCCAAAGGGCUUUCCAGCUUCUUAGAAACACCAGCAGCCUUAGCAAGCAGAGUGCCACCACAGACAUGGUUAUCAUCUACCUGUCUUCUGGGAUUACAUCUCGAGAGUCAUCAGAGCAAGAGAAGAAAUCCACGCUCAGUGUGGUCAAAGAGGAGAACAGACACUUCAACAACUCUGUCAUGAUCCUCACGUAUGCACUCAUGAAUGAGGGAAUAACAGGUCUGAAGGAGCUGGCCUUCCUGCGAGACCUUGCCGAGCAGAAUUCGGUGAAGUACGGCGUUGACCGUUUUCCUGUGGCGUCCUCAUCGGGAUCAUCCACAGUGGUCAUGAUGUCUGUCGUGAAGGGCAGCAUGAUGGUGCUCAACCAGCUCAGCAACCUGGAGACAACAGUGGGCCGCUUCUAUAUCAACCUGCCCAACCGCAUGAUCGACCACGUCCGUUUCAGUCUGCCCUACACUGACCCUAUGGGAGAUGGUUUUAUUAUGACUGUGAGUCGGCCCUGCUAUUUUGGGAACCUGCUCCUAGGUGUGGUUGGUGUCGACGUGAAUCUGGCCUACAUUUUGGAGGAUGUCACAUAUUAUCAGGACUCUCUUGCUUCGUACACAUUCCUCAUUGACAACAAAGGUUAUACCCUGAUGCAUCCAUCACUAACGCGGCCUUACCUGAUGACCGAGCCUCCUCUUCACACGGACAUUGUCCACUAUGAGAAUAUUCCUGGAUUCCAUGUUGUGCGACAGAACAUCCUCAAUCUCCCAUUGGGCAGUCAGGUCAUCGCUGUUCCUGUGAACUCAUCUUUGUCCUGGCACACUAACCGACUGAGAGACAACCGCAAAGAUGCGUACAAUGUUAGCUAUGCGUGGAAGCUGGUUCAAGACACGUCGUUCAUCCUGUGCAUCGUGUACGUGCAGCCAGAAAUUCCAGUGAAGCAGCUCAAACAUCUGAACACCGCACCUAGCUCUAAGCUCCUGUACCAUCGUUUGGACUUACUGGGUCAACCCAGCUCCUGCCUCCAUUUUAAACAGCUUGCAUCUGUUGAAUCCCCCACAGUGAUGCUGGCAGCUGGUAGCUUCUCAUCUCCCUAUGAGCACCUCAGUCAGCCAGAAACAAAGCGCAUGGUGGAACACUACACAGCCUAUCUGAGUGAUAACACUAGGCUCAUUGCCAACCCAGGCCUCAAGUCCUCUGUCAGGAACGAGGUUAUGGCGACCAGUCACGUCACAGAUGAGUGGAUGACACUAAUGGAAAUGAGUAGCCUCAACUGCUACAUUGUGCGCCGUUACAUAGCAACGCUCAGUGGGGUGCUCCGGAUUUACCCUGGAUCACUGAUGGACAAAGCCUUUGACCCCACCCGCAGACAAUGGUACCAGCACGCUGUGGCCAACCCUGGCCUCAUCACCUUUACUGGACCUUACUUGGAUGCAGGUGGCGCAGGCUACGUUGUUACCAUCAGCCACACCAUCCAUGCCUCCAGCUCUCAGAUGGCCCCAGGCUAUGCAGUUGCAGUGAUGGGCAUAGACUUUACCCUUCGCUACUUCUAUAAAGUUCUGUUGGACCUGCUUCCCAUUUGCAACCAGGAUAAGGGAAACAAGAUCAGGUGCUUUAUAAUGGAGGACAGAGGGUAUCUGGUGGCCCAUCCCACUCUCAUUGACCCUAAAGGUCAUGCCCCUGCAGAGCAACAGCACAUCACACACAAGGAGCCGCUGGUUGCCAAUGAUAUACUGAACCACCCCAACUUUGUCAAGAAGAAUCUGUGCAACAGCUUCAGUGAUCGCACUGUGCAGCGCUUCUACAAGUUCAACACGAGCAUCACGGGGGACCUAACCAAUCUUGUCCAUGGCAGCCAUUGCUCUAAGUAUCGUUUGACACGAAUACCUGGCACCAACGCUUUUGCUGGGAUUGUCAACGAGACGUGUGACUCUCUGGCCUUCUGUGCUUGCAGCACAGUGGACCGCCUUUGUCUCAACUGCCACAGAAUGGAGCAGAAUGAGUGUGAGUGCCCGUGUGAGUGCCCCCUCGAGGUGAAUGAGUGUACUGGCAACCUCACCAAUGCUGAAAACAGAAAUCCUAGCUGUGAGGUACAUCAGGAGCCACUCAGUUUGAAUGUGAUCGAUCCCAGUCUACAGGACACACUUCCUCAAUGUAUCAACACUCGCUGCAGCCAGAGAUACAGCAGCAGCGACUGCUUUGGUGUUUUGGACUGUGAGUGGUGCAUGGUGGACAGCGAUGGCAAGACCCAUCUGGACAAGCCGUACUGUGCCCUGCAAAAGGAGUGCUUCGGGGGCAUUGUCGGUGCAAAGAGUCCAUAUGUAGACACCAUGGGCCUCCUUGAUGAGGAGGUGGCAUCUUUGAACAUGAUCAAGACUGCUCCUGUGGGUCCGGUUGCCGGAGGUAUUAUGGGAUGCAUCAUGGUGCUGGUAUUGGCCGUGUACGCGUACAGACACCAGAUCCACAGGCGCUCGCAUCAGCACAUGUCGCCAUUGGCGGCACAAGAAAUGUCAGUGAGAAUGUCCAACCUGGAUAAUGACAGAGAUGAGAGGGAUGACGACAGCCACGAGGACCGAGGCAUAAUAAGUAAUACUCGAUUUAUCGCCGCGGUGAUCGAGAGACACACCCACACUCCAGAACGGCGGCGAAGGUACUGGGGAAGAUCUGGCACAGAGAGUGACCACGGCUACAGCACGAUGAGCCCUCAAGAGGACAGCGAGAAUCCACCUGGGAACAACGAUCCACUUUCGGCGGGCGUCGAUGUCGGUAACCACGAUGACGACCUGGACCUGGACACCCCCCCUCAGACGGCAGCCCUGCUCAGCCACAAAUUUUACCCCUACCGACACACGCACACACACCAUCACCCGCUGCACACGCACCACCUCCAAGCGGCGGUCACCGUUCACAGCGUGGAUGCCGAGUGUUGAUCUAUGACAUGGGUAGAAUCUAGAAAACGCGCUUUUAAGACACUUCACAUUGCGCUCAUCAUCGUUGCCAAUAUAUAGAUAUUUUUUUUCUAUUGAACUGAGCUCAAAAUGUGUGUGGGGGGGGUUGUUUUUGACACAAUGAAAAUGGGCAAACUCUUUAUUUUGUUCACUUUGUUUUCUGAAGGUAUCGGGCCUUCUGGACUCUUUUAAGAGCAGCCUUGAAAACAAAUUCAGCCCAUUUCGGGGAAGUUCAUUGGAACAGCCAAAGGCUUCAACCUGUGAACAAGCAUAAUUUUUUUCCCCGUGGAGGGCCAACGCGAACACAAAACCAACUUGUCAACACUACUGGACCACAGGACUUUCAAUAAUCAAAACUCACACGCAGGAACCUUACAAGGAAAAGAACAAACUUCAUUUACACACAUAGAAAAACACUAUAAAGAUAAAAGAUUUUUAAAGCAUCAUAAAGCUAUUUAUUCAAAUUUGCAGGACGGAUACAAGAUCUCUGCAUCCGGUCAUGUAAUAUUUGUCUACACGCGUACUGUUGAGACAGUUGCAGUUUAUUCACUGUCUCAUUGUGUCAACAAUGAACCUGAAUCACAAGCUCUGCAAUUGCAAUUCAAAACGGAAAGCCGUUUGAGUGAUAUCAUUGAUGUUCAUCUUAAGGCCCGUACAAUGUAUGAGGGGCAUUCAAUCAAUCAGGUGAAUUUUUUGGUAUAAGGAUUUUAUAAUUUUUUUGUCAAAGUAGUCUCCCAGCAUUAUCGCACACUUUUCCCCUCUGUGCACAAGCUUCCUUAUUCCUUCAGCGUUAAAAUCUUUGGACUGAUGUCUCAGCCGGUCGCUCACAACACUUUUGACUUCAUUGUCCCUUUCAAACUUGGUGCCUCUCAUGAACACUUUUAACUCAUUCAAUCCCCGCCAUUUUCACUGGAGCAACCCCCUCAAUCUCAGCGUUUUACUGGAUUUUGACUGAUCUUGCAAGGCCCACAGAAUAUUAUGGUUCCAAUGCCAUAUAAACAUGAAGUCUACCAAAAUAAUGUUUGGACUCUCUUCUUUCAGCAGAAAAAAAAUUGGUUUCUAUUUUUUUCCAUUCUUCAGCAAUCGGCAUUACAAGAUGGCUAAGUUUCAUGAAAAUUGCGAUUCCUGGGCAAAAAAUUGAGAAAAAGAGAAUUUUGUAAAAGCAUGCAUUUCAAUCAUGUGAGGCACCAUUGCCACCUACUGGUCGCUUUUUUACAUGAUUUACUAUGCAUCUCAUUCACUAAUUGCAUCAGACCCUCCUCCUCUCUAUGACGCAAAAAAAAAAAAAGACUUAGACAUACGUCCUUGGUAGGCGGGGCCAAAAUUUAAAAAGACGUACAAGUACGUCUUGUGGAAUGAAAGAGUUAGGGGACCUAACAGACAUCAUUUUUAUGCCAAGGGAAUAUGGGAGCUUGUGCACGGAUGGGUGUGAGAGUGCAUGAGAGACUAUGUUGAAAAAAAGUAAGCUUCUACUUGUAUUAGAAGUCCUUAUGCCGAAAAAUUCACCUUACUUAUUAAACGACCCUCAUACGAGGAUGCUCUUUGUCCAAACUAGUCAAGACAAAUAGUACACCGACCAGAAGCUUGACAUGAGGGUUGUUGAAUAAAACCUUGGACGGCUUUCCGUAAUUCAACUGGAACUAUUUUCUGUGUACACUUUUGGAACGGAAAAUUCUUUCCGUGUCAUCUCACAACAAGGAAGUUGGCAGCCUUUGGGCAGUGCCAUUACCAGCUGAACAAUUUCUGACACUGCCCAACAUUCGCUGUUUCCCGAUACCUGGAACGUCUCGCGAUGUGCGUGCCGAAUUGUAAUGCACGUGGAAGUAUAAAAAGGACAAAAGUUGGAAAAUCCUUGUUGAAGAAGAAGAACGGGAGGGAAGGAUGCUGCUGCUUUGAAGAGAAAAGGCCUGUCUGUUUUCUCCUCUGUGGUGAACCACUCAAAGUGUGUGUAGAUGUUUAAUUUUUCUUUUCUUUUUGGGUGAGGACAUGUUUCUGUGGCUACUGGUCCACACAAGAAAAGUGUUUACUGUGUGGGUGUGUGCGUGCGUGCGUGCAUUUUUAUUGAAUGCAUUAUUGUAUUUUCCCUCAAGACAUAGACUAUAGUUAAUUAAUCACUUAGUUUUCCUCCUGAUGAAGAGUCACGUGACCCGAUCUGCGCUCUGUGGCUUCGAUUGUUUUUGUGCUCAAAUUUUGGACACUUCGGUACAAACAUGUCUACUGUUUUCCAGAGAUUCUUUAUGUAGUGUCAAGGGGAGAAUCCUAAAUAGCGAUCACUCCCGAUUUUUAUUGUUGCCGAGUAAGCCUGAAACGAUCCUCUGAUGUUCGCCUUGAUGUGUUCAUGGUGUCUCGCUAUAUUAAGGAUGCCUUGGAUAUGUUUGAGGUUUAUUUUUGUUUACUUGGAAGAAUUCAUACGUUUACAUGACAACAGUUUUUCAAAGUUUUAUUGUGUGUUUUCAAAGCUCCCAAAAUGUUACUGUAGAUAUGGUAAGAGAACGGUACAUUAUUAUGCAGAUAAUAACAUUUAAAAAGCUGAAGCGUCAUAUUCUGCCGUGAGCAAUGCAAGCAAGCUUCGCUCUACAUUCAUUUUUGUUAUUGAGUCACUGAUGAGAAAAUAAUUGGCACAAACGUUGAAUCUGUCAAGCUACACUGACAAGACAAAACAAAUCAAAAAUACAAGACUGAAACACAAUGAGAAGUCGUAAUUUUGUAUUGGAUGAGGUAAAUAGUUAUUUUACAAAGUGUAACAUAAGGAUCGCUACAUAAAUUGGACAUGGUAAGAGAAUAUAGCCUUAAUGAGAGCAUACAUUUGUAACCGCACACUCAUUAAAUCACAACUUUUCCUCUCAUAUUACACCAUUUUGCCCUUAAUGUUAAGAUUUCAUUCUCGUAAGUGCGAUUCCAGUACAUUUUUGUAAUCUUGUUAUAAUAGCUCCCUGUUUCCUUCAUACUUAGAAGACUCUUAUUCAAUGAAUUGAGUUCAGUUUCCUAAUGGCAUUUACAAAUCUCGAUUUAAGUCCAAGCAGACUUCCAAGGCAAUUACCUGUUCUUUUUGUUGUUGUUGUUAUUGUUUGGGUUAAAUCGUUUUGGAUUCUUAUGUUGGGCAUUUUUUAAAAAUUUGAACAAAUUGUCAACGGUUUUUGAAACAGUGAUCAGCAGCUGUUGUGUACAGACGUAACAUUAAGUCACGUACUGAAGGAUGUACAUCACUCACCCCUGUACUGUAUCACAUAAACUUAUCAAAUUGAAAUUCAUUGCCAUGUGAAUGUGAUAAAGUUCAUUUUACAGUUCAA